AUGAAAAUAAUCAUUGUCGGAGCCGGGAUAGCGGGCCUAUCCCUGGCCAUUUCUCUCUCACAGGAUAAGCACAGUGUUCUUAUCGUGGAAUCAGCGGCUCGACUAGCAGAAUUAGGCGCCGGAAUCCAGAUGACUCCCCAGGCAGUCAAGCACUUUUACCAGUGGGGACUCAAAGAGGAUAUUCUCACACAAUGCGUCAAAGUGGAGAAAACAUUCAUCCGUGAUUACAAAAGUGGUUCAACGAUUGGCGUUUUGAAUGUUGCAGAUCUGGAGAAGCAAUAUGGGGCUCCCUAUAUUGUCCUUCACCGCGCAACUCUACAUGAUAUCUUGCACAAACACGCCAUUCGCUCUGGAGCAGAAAUCAUGUUAGACAGCAAGGUCACCGAGUAUGACUUCGAGAACGGGGCGAUAGUGCUAAAGAAUGGAAAAAUUAUGGAGGCAGAUCUUGUCAUUGCUGCGGAUGGUAUCAAUUCCUUUGCACGCUCCCAGCUUCUUCGGGAAGCUGACCCCGGAUCCCAACCAACAGGCUGGGCCGCUUUCAGAAUGAUGGCCGAAGUCUCCAAAAUAAAAGAUGAUCCCCAACUGACCGAACUUAGUAUUGGUGUCCCAUACAAUUCUAACUUCUGGAUCGCCCCGGACAGGUCUUGCAUGACGUAUCAGAUUAAGGAUGCCACGAUGCUAAAUAUCGUUCUAUCCCACCGCGAUAUCGUUGAUACUUCAGCUCUCAGCUACGAAGAGCAUAAGACCAUGAUCAAGAAUCUUUUUGAAGAUUUCAAUCCAAUCGUCCAAAAACUUCUUGACAUUUCGCUUCCCAGGAUAGUGAACUACCCCGUUCAUGCCGUUCCUCCGCUCUCAAGUUGGACUCAUUCAUCUGGUCGAUUCACUCUUGUCGGUGACGCUGCACAUGCUAUGGCAUUUUAUUUGUCCAUGGGAGUAAGUCUUGCAGUCGAAGAUGCAGUCUCGCUCGCCAAAGUCCUGGAUCUCGCAUUCCCAACCUCCUGUGCUGCACCCAAGGCAAAUCAAUUGAAAGCUGCACUGUCCGUAUUUGAAGAAGUGCGGAAGCGAAGAGCCACUGCUGUUCAGAAAGCAAGUCUUCGCGGAGGAAACUCUUAUCACGUCCCCGCGGGAAAAGAACGAGACAUAUUGCAUAAAGUUAUGAGCAAUCCCAAUGAGAUUGUCGAAGUAUGUGCAGCAGGUCUAGGGGAUGGCGCGGAAAUCCAUGAUGAAAUUUCCUGUGCCGUUGGUGGCAUGAUGAAUCGGAGGACUAGAGAUUGGUGCUACGGAUACGAUGCCGUUGGUGAAAUAAUCGCGGUUUGGAAUUCUAAAGCCCGAUGA